CCUUGGCCAACAACCAUGCGAGCUGAUUGGUUUCCCUGGCUCUGGUGUUCUUCCGUCGAGAAGCUGCCAACCGCGACAAAUUUAUGAAAAAAUACGAAAAACAACACAAACUAAAAUGUUACUCUACAUCGACUAAGGCGUAAACAAAGUCAUACUGGUCUUUCCAAGAUGAGGUUGCACUGGAUUUUUGGUUUUCUUGUUUUGAUUAUCGUUUGCAAGGUAGACGCAGCACGACAUUUGAGGCUGAGAAAGCAAAAAAUUCUUAAACAGCGUCAGGAUGUCGAAGAAGAAAAUAGCCGGCAAGCUGACAGAGGGGAUAAAAACUUGACUAAAGUAUUUGACAUUGUACAUAAGUACCGUAAGCAAAAAGGGGCUGGCUCUGGAUUGAAAAGACACAAUUUGGGACAACUUAGUGGACUAGAGCAAGUACACCAAGCUACUGACCAUCAAAACGGCUUAAAUGGUGUACCGACAGCUGAUGUUGGGUUUAGUCCAGGUGCCCCUAACGUUGGAUAUUUAGAUGCAGCUCAUGGAGUAACAGCUGCCUUACAUGGACAGAAAUUACAAGUUGGGGGCCAAGCAACCCCCGCACAUCUUCCAUCGGAAGACGGAUUAAACCCACUUUCUAUGUACCAUAAAGACGGGCCUGACAGCCACAUUACCUCAGUUCCAACUUCAAUCAAUGCCGAUUACAACAACGGAUUUGGCAAUCACAUUGGAAACGAUAUCCACACAACUGAUCCGCAUGUGUUUGAUAGUAAUAUCGUCGGGGGUCAUGUGACAGAUGGACUUCCCACGGCUGAUCAUCACACAGCAGAUGAGACUGUGGCAAUGUCCCCACACGUUGCUACUUCACACGAGUCUCAAUUGCUGUCAGCAGAGCAAGACGGUGCCAACUUUUUGCAACAUCAACAAGGUGUUGUGAACAUCGUACACCCGAAUGAAGACCUUAUGCACCAAGAUGUAGCGCACAAUGCAAUGCAUCUAGACGCAUUUCAAGGCCAUCAUGACGAAGGUCAUCCUGUUAUCUUGGAUCAUCAUGACAACCACGUAGGGGUGGAGCUUGAGCAUCACUUGUCACAUCAAACCCCUGUUGAAAUUUCACAUCCACCGGUCCAUGUGACACAGGCUCAUCACCAUAAUUCAUUCCACGAGGUGGAAGACCAAGGUUCUGUUGAAUACCAACCUUGCACAAAUGGAGGAAUAUUUGUUCCAACUGGUCCUCAUUCUUAUGAAUGCAUUUGUCCAGAGCAGUUCAUCGGGAAGAAUUGUCAAGACAUCAAUCACUGUCACCCAUGUCCAUGCAAGAACAAAGGAAGGUGUCACAACAUCAUCGAAUUACCAAAGUAUAAAUGUACUUGCCUUCCGGGAUAUUUCGGACAACAAUGCGAAAAGAAAGAUCCUUGUCAUCCCAAUCCUUGCAAAAACAACGGAAAAUGCUCUCAUGAUGGAAAUGGAAAAAUUGAGUGUGUUUGUCCGGUGAGGUUCAAGGGAACGCGUUGUGAAGAUCUACAUUCUUGCAAACCAAAUCCAUGUUUGAACAAUGGAAUGUGCACUGAAGUUGAUGCAAAGGGCAAGUUUGAAUGUCAAUGUACAGAGAAGUUUAGAGGAACAAUAUGCAACAAACCACGAUUUUGCUACCAAAACCCAUGUCAAAAUGGAGGCAUUUGUCAAGAAGACCAUGAAAAUUUCAACUGUAUUUGUAAUCAUGGAUGGAGAGGACGAAUAUGCGAAGAGCGUGCAUGUAAACCCAACCCAUGCAAAAAUGGUGGAACAUGUAGCGAAACAGCAGAUGGCAAAGACUUUAAAUGUGUUUGUCUUCCGUGGCACUCAGGCAGGCUCUGUGAAGAGAACCGUCCUUGCCUGACCAAGCCUUGUCUAAAUGGUGGCAAGUGCAUAGAUUCAUUUUCUGGAUUCCACUGGUCAUAUGGUCCUCUGCAGUUCUAUUGUAUCUGCAAGCCGCCUUACACUGGAGAGAAAUGCGAAGUUCAUGCAUGCAGAAACUGUCACAAAAAUGCACACUGUGAAGGAGAAAAGUGUGUCUGUGACGAUGGUUACAAAGGAAAUGGAAGAAUAUGCAUAAAAAAAGCUGACCCUUGUCAUCCGAAUCCCUGCGAAAAUGACGGUGUCUGUGUGCAAAAAGGAGAAACUGACGAAUUCGAUUGCAGAUGCAAGAAGCCAUAUCUACCACCUUAUUGCAAAAACAAAGACCCUUGCGACCCAAAUCCCUGCAAAAAUGAAGGACAGUGUGUGCCUACAGGAGAUGGUAGCUACAACUGCAUUUGUCAGCCAGGAUUCAAGGGAAUGAGCUGCAAUCAGCAAGAUGCAUGCAUACCUAGCCCAUGCCAACAUGGCGGAACAUGCAGAGAUGAAAAUGGCACUGCAUCUUGUGAAUGCAAAGGAAUGUGGGCAAAGCCAUUUUGUAAAGAAUGUGGUUGUCCAAAGAAGAGCAUGCCGGGAGUUCCUGAUAUAACGUGCAAUCAAGAAGGAAAAUGCGUUUGUCCUCCAGGGUACAUCAUGAACCCAAUUGCAAAGAUGUGUCAAAAAGAGAAAAAAGGUUCUGGAAGCCCGUGUCAAAGCAAUCCCUGCGUUAACAAUGGCGUUUGUAUGGAUGAUGGAAGCGGCGGAUACACGUGCCAGUGUCCUGCAGGAUUUCUUGGCAAAAAUUGCCAAAUCAAAGAUCCUUGCAAUCCAAAUCCUUGCAAUAACAAUGGCAAGUGCAAAAGUGAUCCGAAAACAGGAAAGUUCCUCAAAUGCGAGUGUCCUCCUAAGUUCCCAGUGUUGCCUUACUGUGAUCCAAAAGAGGCUCCGGCAAAAGGUGUCUGUGAACCAAACCCAUGCAAGAACGGAGGUAGAUGCGUCAAGAGUGGCCAAUCAUAUGACUGCAUCUGCCUUAUUAGAUACACAGGGCCAACAUGCAACGUUGAUAAAUGUGCCAACUGCGACACAAACGCAGCAUGUGUGAACGGAAGAUGUCGAUGCAAAUCUGGCUUCAUUGGUAACGGAUAUGAUUGUAUCAAAGAUGUUCCCACUUGUGCACAAAAAUGCCCACAAUAUUCUACAUGCGUGAUACCGACAGGGAACUGCCAGUGCAAUCAAGGCUACACGUUUGUCGAUCGAGUCUGCUUGCCCCUUACUACCAGUGAGGGUGGGGACGAAGGGACCGAAACAGAAAAACCGACUGACGCACCAACUACCACAUUUGCCACAGAAGCCCCAGGGUUACAGCCCACUGACGCACCGGAUACGACCCCGUCUGGAACAACCGUACCGAUACCCCCAACCACAGCAAAACCGACAACAGUUAAACCGACAACAGUUAACCCGACAACAGCUGGUCCAUCUACCGCUGGUCCCCCUGUUAGUAAAGCCCCAUCAACAAAGAUACCACCGCCACCAUCACCACCUCCGCCACCACCACCACCACUACCAAAACCUCCACAACCGCCAUCACCACCAUCACCACCAUCAUCAUCGACAACACAAGGUGGUGAAGGCCAAAAGAAGCCAAGCCCCCCAGGGCCGCCAGGCCCUCCAGGGAGCGAUUCAAAAGGAGCUAGUGCACCGAGCCCUCCUAGCCCAUCAGGAGGGUCAAAAGGAACCCCUGGGCCUCCAGGGAGUUCAAAAGGGACUCCUGCACCACCAAGCCCUCCAGGUGCUCCAAGCAGUUCGGGCCCACCUGGCAGUUCAAAAGGAGCACCUGCUCCGCCAAGUCCCUCAGGGCCACCGGGUCCACCAGGAACCAAGAAAUUCAUUAGAAACUCGUACCAGGACAUAAAUUACAACGACAUUAGCAAUGGACGACAGGAAAACAAUGAAUUUGAUUUCUCCGUUCGAUAAUUUGAUGCUUAUAACGCGGACAAAAACGUUUACAACCUAAGCAUAAAUUUAAACGUCAUUCUUGUAAAAAAAAGGGUUCAAAUUUUGAUGGGAAGGAAUCGAUGGCUCUGGAAAACACUUCUAUACCAAAGGCGUUUUCCGAAAAACGUGGCAUUUCUGAAAAUGUUUAGAAUAUAAAAAUUAUCGCUAAAAUCUUUGCAAAGACAGAAACCCACGUAUAAAAUGUAACCAAGCUAACUUAUACGACGGGUGCUUAGAUAACAUUCUUGAACGUUACUCUUUACUCGGGGGGGGGGGGAGACCUUUUCUAGAGGGUUAGAAGGAUCCCUUUUUUUAGAUCAAAGCGAAAUGGUUAAACCAGGGUAUGUCCGAUAAAGCACAUUUGUAGCAAAAUCAUUAUUGUAUUAAAUUUACUUUUAAUUUGCUGUCGUAAAUAUUGCAAAAUGGAUUGGCUUUUUAGUCACGCUGCCACCUAAAGCAAUUUUUUGGAAUAUGCAGAUUGAAACUUUCAUCACUCUAUCUUGUUUGUUAUACUAAGGAAACAGUCUGCACCUAAUUGCAAGUAGACAAAUAACCAAAUUUAACAGCUAAGGUAUCUUUAAAGAUCAUGGGAUCACGUACCUUUAAGGUUAGCUAAAGGGCUAAGCGCCUCUUCAUUUAGAUCUGAUAUGAAUUUCUAGUUUCAUCCAGAAAUUUCAUAUAAUUUCAUAUCACAUAGAAAUUUCAUAUAAGUCCAUAUAGACACUAUUUUCAGUAACAGUUUUAUACUGUAUUUUUUGUAAAAUAGCUACAAACAAUUGUAUAUUUUCUAGCUACUGUUACUUCCUAUGGAAUUUAUCAUGUUAGAAAGCUAAUAUACAGAUUCUUAAUUGCAACAGUA